CCAGAGAUCUUGGGAGUAGAACCUGAAAGAGGGAGCGAGGACACACCUAGGGCCAAGAAGAAAGAACCCUUGCGAAGAAAGAAAAGUCCAGUCGAGAUGAACAGAUGGUCCAGUUACCUGUUGGGAUGCACGGCCUUCAUCCUCUACUCCUACGAAACAAGUGGAGAUACUAAAGAUUCCUGUGUCUUUCCCUUCAACUACAAGGGUUUUACUUAUUUCUCUUGCACCAAAGCCAACAGCCUCUCCCCUUGGUGUGCGACCAGAGCUGUUUAUGAUGGACAGUGGAAGUACUGCUUGAUAGAAGAUUACCCACGGUGUGUCUUCCCCUUCAUCUAUCGGGGAAGGUCCCACAGGAACUGCAUCGUGGAAGGCAGCUUCUUCGGAAAGCUGUGGUGCUCAGUGACCUCCAGCUUUGAUGAGAAGCAGCAGUGGAAAUACUGUGAGAUAAACGAGUAUGGGGGAAAUUCUUUCAGCAAGCCCUGCAUCUUCCCCUCCAAGUACAGAAACCACAUCAUCUCUGAAUGCCUCGAGGAUGAAAGCAACAAGCUCUGGUGCCCGACUACGGAGAACAUGGAUAUGGACGGAAAGUGGAGUCUCUGUGCCGACACCAGAAUUUCCUCCCUGGUUCCUGGCUUUCCCUGCCAUUUCCCAUUCAACUACAAAAACAAGAAUUAUUUUAAUUGCACCACCAAAGGAUCCAAGGAGAACCUCUUAUGGUGUGCCACCUCUUACAACUACGACCAGGACCACACCUGGGUGUAUUGCUGAUGCAGAGGGAGGGAGACACAUCAUUAGGGGGAGGCUGACUGACGUGUUCAGUCUGGAGCCUGCUUCGCCGUUUUCAUCACAUCUUUCAAGCUUAGGAUAAUCACCUUUAGAAAGACGCUGUCCACCGGCUAGCUUACUCACCGGGUCCUCUGUGAAGUGAAAAUGUGGCACCGCUAUCAAUCAAGGAAAAUUAACUCUGGGGCUGCCUUUCUUUUCUGCCUCCUAGAAUGAGCCCAUAUGACUGGGCUGGUCAGUCGCAUGGUGGGGAGAUCAGAUUCUCUGCCCAGGGGCCCUAGGAAGUAAUUGCAGCCUGCCAUCUCUUUCUGGGAAACCACCGAUUCGGGUGGAGCAUCUGUAGAUACUUAUUACAUCAUUAAUAAAUAACUUAGUAA